AUGGGGCCCCUGGGCAAUAGGGGAUCAUGGGGCCCCUGUGUCCUUGCCCAAACUAAAAAAAGCCUAUGAAAAAGGUACCAGGGGCAUCUCAUGGGGCCCUACUGACCCCAGGCCCUCGGGCAGUGCAAGAGUUUCCAAAUGGUCAGUCCGCCCCUGGCCAGGAUCCCUAAAAACUGCAACAUGCAGGGGCGGACUGAUAACUCAUGGGGCCCCCGGGCAAUAGGGGAUCAUGGGGCCCCUGUGUCCUUGCCCAAACUUAAAAAAGCCUAUGAAAAAGGUACCAGGGGCAUCUCAUGGGGCCCCCUACUGACCCCGGGCCCUCGGGCAGUGCCUGGGUUUCCAAAUGGUCAGUCCGCCCCU